AGCCGGGUGCUGAGAUGAGGGGAACCCUGGGGGGGAUCAAAGGGGGAAGAGAGGGGAGGUGGAGGUAGGUGAUUUUGGGGUUUAUGCGUGUGUGUGGGUGGCAAGGCUUACGGACACGUGGCAAGGCUUACGUAAUCAGGGAAAGGGAAACGAAAAGGAAGAAAAGGGCGGCAGGAAGAAAUGGCGAUGAGGGAGGAGCCCACGUGUCCAGAUGGAACCCAUCGUUUGAGAGAGGUGGGCGGUGGGAGAAUGAGUGAGUGGGAGAAAGGGAAAUUGUUCAGGUCGCUGGAAAAGUCUCUGCACAGGAUGGAGAGGGAGGACGCACGGGCAGUAAGGAGCGGGAAGGAGGGAGGAGGAGAAAAGGGGAGUUGGUGGUGGAGAGCGGAGGAGGCGGCGAUGGGUGCAGAGGGAAGUGGGCGUGUGGUCAAGGAAGGAAUCUCGGCAGCAGGCGAUAAAGAACGAAUGACAGCAGCUCCAGCAGCAGCAAUAGCAGCAGCGACAGCAAGAGUAGUGGUAGUAUUGGGAGGAGAAGAAGAAAGAGGAGUAGAAAGGGGACGAAGAGGAGGAGGAGGAGGAGGAGGAGGAGGAAGAGGAGGAGAAGGAGGAGGAAGAGGAGGAGUAGGAGGAGAAGGAGAUGGUGGUGGGCGUGUGGGCAAGGCAGGAAUCUCGGCAGCAGGGGCUGAAAGACAAAUGACAGCAGCAGGGGCUAAUGGACAAAUGACAGCAGCACCAGCAGCAGCAACAGCAGCAGUGCCAGCGGUGGUAGUACUAUUGGGAGGAGAAGGAGAAAGAAGAGUAGAAGGGGCAGGAAGAGGAGGAGGAGGAGCAGGAAGAGGGGGAGGAGAAGGAAAUGGACAUGGUGAUAAAGGGGUAGCGGGAGGAAUGAUCGAAUGUGGAAACUUCAUGAUUGACGGAGAAGCAGGUAGAGAGGGAGACGAAGCAAUUGCAGAGCUGUCCGACAAGGGAAGAGGGUCUGCAAAGGGGGAGGGAGGAGGGAAGGGGGGAGGAAAAGGAGCAGCAGUAGCGGCAGGAACACGAGCAGCAGCUGUAGCAGCUACUUUACCAGCAGUAGGACGAGCAGGAGGUGGCCGUGACGAAGUGGAUAGGGAUCGGAUAAAUCCCCGUCUCUCCUCCGCUGCUGUUGAUGGAGUUGUUUGGGAGAGAGGGAAUGGAAUGGGAGCUGAUUCUGGCCAUCGCGGUCGACUUGCUACCGCCAUGCCUGAGUGUGUGUGCAGUCAUCCAGAGAAGAAGGGAGGAGGGGGAGCGGUAGGUGGUUUUCCCUUGCGUUCUUCAGAGAACGCUUGCAUGGGGCAUUUGUCCCCAGAAGGAUGUGAGAAGUCUCGGAGUAUCAGUGCUAAUCUCGUUGAAGAUGAUUCAGUCAUCAUCAGAUCCGGAGAUCGGCGAGCUUUUGUCAAUGGAGUUGGAAACGCUGUUCUUUCCAUUUCGGGAAAUCGCAGGCUAUUGCUCUCGGAGUCUCGACGGCAAGGCUUGAAUGCUGCUGCUGCUGCUGCUGCUGCUACUGCUCACGAGGACGACGAUGGUGAUGUUGUGCCACGUGUCAGCAAUCUGUUCACGGAACCAGCAGCAGCACAGAUACUGGGUAGGGAUGAAGGAAAAGCGGGCGGAGGAGAAGAAGGUGGCGAUGGCGUACGUGAAGGAGGACGAGGAGGGGAAACAGGAACACGAAGAGGAGGAGGAGGAGGAGGAGGAGGAGGUGCGUGUGUAAUUGGUGGUGGUUGUCAAGGGUCGAAUGCUGCUGCUGCUGAUGCUACUGCCCAUGAUGAUGAUGAUAAUGGUGUGCCACGUGGCAGCAACCUGCUCACUGCAGCAGCACAGAUAUUGGGUAAGGACGAGGGAAGAGCAGGUGGAGGAGAAGACGGCGGCGAUUGCGUACGUGGAGGACGAAGAGGAGGAGAAGCAGGAACAGGAGGAGAAGGAGGAGGGGGAGGAGAAGGAGAAACGGGAGAAGGAGGAGGAGGAGGUGCGUGUGUAAUUGGUGGCAGUUGGCGGAGAAGGCGAAAUCUGAGGGCGGAGAGAGAGUGCGAGAUGGGAUUGGUCGUAGAGGAGCAUUGUGCGAAGUUGCGCGACGCACCAACAUCGUCGCAGGUGCAAAGCGCCGCACAUACGAGCUUUCUUCCCACCGGGGUGUCGUUUCUGGAAACCGGCGGAGAGAAAGAUGGAAAACAGAACUUGGAGGAGGAAGAAGAGGAGGAAGCAGAGGAGGAGAAGAUGAACGUGGAACUCGGGGACGGGAAAGAAGAAAGAGGCAAGGAUGGGAGAGAGAUCACAAAGGGAGUAGGAAAGGGACUGACUAAGGAUGGGAGGAUUUGGCAAGGACAAAGCCGAGGAGGAGGAGGAGGAGGAGAAAGAGGGAGAGGAGAGGGGCUUGGAAUCGUCGGGAGAGAGGAAGAACCGGAGAAGGAUGUGAGUGUUCUGGAAGGAAAGAGCGUAGGAGGAGGAGGGGGAAUAGGAGCAGGAGGAGAAAGAGGAGGAGGAGCAGAUAGCAGGUGCGGAGAAGAGAGAGGGAGAAGGGAAUUGGGAAGAGCGGAGCCGUCUGAGGUCCAUGGAGUUAAGAGAUACAUAGAGGAGGAAUGCGGGGGGGAGAGAGGAAGAGGUGUAAUGAAGAGGCCGAAACUAGGAGUUCUCGGGCGGGGAAGAUGUGAACCUCCCUUCUUGAAAAAAUGGGAAUUGGAAAAGGGAGGGGGCUCUAGAUCGGGGAGGAAAGUCGGGGUUGAAAUAAGAGGGGGAAAUGAGAGCACAGCCGCACGAUCAGGGGGAAUCUUCAGCGGAUUCUGCGGAGUGAUCAUCCCGGGAGGUGUUGCUGCAAAACGCCUGCAGGAUCUCUACUAAUCGUUCUUGAUCCUUUUGAGCUGCCCAGUCGCCGAACUGCCACUUUUGGUUAGUGGAUAGUAGGUGUCUCCACGCUAUUGCGAU